AUGUCGGUAGCACGCGCAGCUUUCUCUCUCGCUAGGCGUGUGCCUAUGUCAGCUGUCCGCGUCGCUCCCCGAACAUUCACCACCAUCACAGCUCGCCGAGCAAGCAAGUUCGAUCCGAAGCCCGGCGAUCCGGAGGGCAAACUUCUUCCUUUUGAAGGUAUGGACCCUCAUGAGUCGCCCUCAGAGUUGAAGACCUUGUACCCCAGAGAAAUUACAAGUGCAAAGGGAAAACAUACUGAUCUUGGCAACUCUGCUUCUCUAGAAAUCAAAACCGAAGCCGAUCUCCUUCCACCUGGUGCCGCGCCUGGUACCGUCCCUACCGAUCUCGAACAAGCAACUGGUCUGGAACGUCUCGAAAUCUUGGGAAAGAUGCAAGGCAUUGAUAUCUUUGACAUGUCACCACUCCCGUCGGAUAGAAUUGGUACAUUCGAGGAUCCCAUUGCAGUGAAAUCAGCUGGAGCCGAGUACCAGGUUGGCUGCACUGGCUCUCCCGCUGACUCACAUAAUGUCAAAUGGCUCGUGAUGACCCGCGACCGUCCCUUUGAACGGUGCCCGGAGUGCGGGAGUGUCUACAGAAUGGACUACGUCGGAGCGCCAGACUCUCACGACGACCACGGCCAUCACGGCGAUCACCACGGUCCCACCUACGAAACACCAAAGACCAUGGCCGAUUUCGUCAAGCCAGAGUACUGGUACCGAUAA